CAUGGAGACCCCCGGACUGGUUGUGCAUGGGGAGGCUGAGCCCUUUUCCACAGCGCUCCGAAGCCUCGUCAACAACCGCCUAUACAGUGAUGUUCGCUUUGUGGUCGGUCAAGAACGGCAGGAGGUGUUUGCCCACCGGUGCUUGUUGGCCUGUAGAUGCAAUUUUUUCCAACGACUUCUGGGCCCAGAGCCAGGUCCGGGGGUGCCUGGCCCUGUGGUGCUAAGUACUGUGCCAGCUGAGGCCUUCCUGGCAGUGCUGGAGUUCUUGUACACCAACAGUGUCAAGCUGCACCGCCAUUCUGUGCUGGAGGUGCUGACGGCAGCUGUGGAGUAUGGGCUGGAGGAACUGAGAGAGAUAUGCCUGGAGUUUGUGGUUAAGGUGCUGGAUGUGGAGCUGGUUUGUGAGGCCCUGCAGGUGGCUGUAACUUUUGGCCUGGGACCAUUGCAAGAGCGUUGCAUAGCCUUCAUAGAGACCCACAGCCAGGAGGCGCUUCGGACCCGCGGUUUCCUGGAGCUGUCAGCGUCCGCGUUGCUGCCUCUGCUGCGCAGUGACAAGCUUUGUGUGGACGAAGCUGAUCUUAUCCUGGCGGCCCGAAGCUGGGCGCGCGUGGGCGCGGCAGUGCUGGAGAGGCCUGUGGCAGAGGUAGCGGCCCCAGUUGUGCGGGAGUUGAGACUGGCCCUGCUGGCCCCAGCGGAGCUGAGCGCCCUGGAAGAGCAAAAUCGGCGGGAGCCGCUCAUUCCGGUGGAGCAGAUCGUGGAAGCGUGGAAAUGCCACGCUAUGCGGAGAGGGGAUGCAGCCCGGGGUGCCUCCUGCCGCCGCCGGAGGGGCACCCUGCCCCGGGAGCAUCAUCGCUUUCUGGACCUGCCCUUUAAGUGA